UGUUACGCUCCAGCUGCGGUCAGUAGAGCUUCAUGAUUGAUAGCUCAGACUAUUCACCUUACUCCAAGUACUCUGCACUGGCUAACAAUGCAGGAAACAGACUAUGAGAUACGAGACUGUUAAGUAGAGAGACACAGGCAGUCGUUUUCCUUCAAGUCUACAACCGUCUGAGUCUCCUCUGCGUCAUGGCCAUGGAGACAUUUGAAUCUGGCCUCACAUGGGAGGUGAGGGCAAACAGCCGGCACUACCACAAACACAAGCAGAAGAAAUCCUUUCUGUGCUUCCGCUGGGGGCGAUACGCGGACAAUGUGAUCCGCAGCUACAAGUACUCCCCCCUGACUUUCCUGCCACUGACGCUGUAUGAACAGUUCCAGCGAGUGGCCAAUCUCUACUUCCUCCUCAUGCUGGUGCUGCAGAGUGUCCCUGCCAUUUCAGCUAUACCUUUUUACAUCACCAUCCUCCCGCUGCUCAUUGUACUUUCUGUGCGAGGGCUGAAAGACCUUGCCAACGACAUGGCGAGGAGACGCAGUGACUCUGAGAUUAACUCCCGACCAUGUGACGUGCUCAUCUCCCAGAGCUUCAGCAGAGCACGGUGGAAGGAUCUGCAUGUGGGAGACGUGCUGCGGAUCCACAAAGACCAAGUCAUCCCUGCUGACCUUCUCCUCCUGUGUAGUUCAGAACCUCACAGUCUGUGUUAUGUCGAGACAGCAGAUAUCGACGGAGAGACUAACCUCAAGUUCAGGCAGGCGCUCAGUGCUACACACAACAAUCUGACCUCUCACCCCUCAGAGGAGACGCUUGCUGCCUUUGAUGGUGUCGUGCUCUGCGAGGAACCCAACAAUCGCCUGUACACCUUCAGAGGCCAGCUGCACUGGCAGGGAGAGAGUCUUCUGCUGGACAACGAGCACAUCCUCCUGAGGGGAACAGUCCUACGCAACACACAGUUUGCCUACGGCUUGACCAUAUACACUGGCGCAGACACCAAGAUCCUGAGGAACUGCGGGAAACUGAGAGUGAAGAGGACUCAAAUGGAAAAGGAUUUCAACCGAGUGGUGAUCGGGAUCGUCCUGUCCGUGCUGCUGGCAGCUCUGCUCCUUUCCAUCGGCGCCGGCGUGUUUUCGAGUUGGGCCGUGAACCACACAGAGGUUCUUUCUGCUCUGGUGGUUAACGGGAAUCCCGUCUACACCGGGUUCCUCAUCUUCUGGAGCUACAUCAUCCUGCUCAGUCCGGCCAUGCCUAUUGUUCUCUACAUCUCGUUUGAGGUGAUCCACACGGUCCACAGCCUGUUCAUUGGCUGGGAUAGGGACAUGUAUUGGCAGCAGGCAGACACACCGGCCCAGGCCAGGAAUACGUCGCUGAACGAGGAGCUCGGCCAAGUGGGAUACCUGCUGAGUGACAAGACUGGGACACUAACCCAGAACCGCCUGCUCUUCAGACAAUGCUGCAUAGCUGGGGAUAUCUAUGGGGAUUCGUCAUGCAGGACAGAAGACAUAGAGCCCAUGGACUUGAGUUGGAAUCCGUUCUCCUGCGGCGGUUUGUUCAUGUCGGCUCCCAGGCUGGUGGAGAAGCUCCGAGGACAGCAGUGUCCGUUCAGCAGACAGUUCCUCAGAGCGCUGUCUUUAUGCCACACUGUCAUGGCAGAGUGGAAACAAGAGGCUCCAGUUUACCAGGCGGCGUCCCCAGAUGAGGAAGCUCUCGUUAGUGCAGCCAGGGAGCUGGGCUGGGCCUUUCUCUCCAGAACACGAGACUUUAUCGUCGUCUCCGAGCUCGGCGUCGAACGCCAAUAUCAGCUGCUCGCACUGCUGGACUUUACCAGCAAGAGAAGACGCAUGUCUGUGCUGGUGCGGGAGCCUGAGGGUGGGUUAAAGCUGUACUGUAAAGGGGCAGACAUAGUGAUCCUGGAGAGACUGCAGAAGGACUGUCUGCAUCAAGAAAGGACUGAAACAGCCCUGGAGUUGUUUGCCCAGGCCUGUCUGAGGACUUUGUGUGUCGCGGUUCGAUCUGUUCCUGAGGCAUCAUGGGAGCAGUGGCGUAAGACUCUGGCCCAGUCUGCUACCAUGGCGACCUCUGACCGUGACGCACUGCUGGAAAAGCUGUAUGAUCAGAUGGAGAGAGAGCUGCAGCUUAUAGGGGUGACGGCAAUAGAGGACCGGCUUCAAGAGGGCGUUCCUGAGACUAUUGCUCUGCUUCAACAGGCUGGACUCAAAGUAUGGGUACUGACUGGGGACAAAAAAGAGACUGCAGUGAAUAUUGGAUAUGCUUGCAAGCUACUGGAUCCUGAUACCAGAUUACUGGAAUGGCAGGAGCUGAGACAGAUUCUGCAGUCCCCAGACCCAGGGGUCACUUUCUUCAAGGCCAGACAGACAGAGCUGUGGGCUGUAGACAAGCAGACGGCUGGAGCAAAGACUGCUUUGGUCCUCACUGGACCUGAGCUGACAGAGUUUGACCAGAGACCAGAGUGGGGGGCCACGUUCAUGAGCCUGGCAGAUCAGUGUCAGUCGGUGCUAUGCUGUCGUGUGACACCCGGACAGAAGGCUGACAUCGUCACGCUGGUCAGGAAACACACCCGCUCAGUCACUAUGGCCAUCGGGGACGGUGCCAAUGAUGUGAACAUGAUCAAAACGGCUCAUAUUGGUGUGGGCCUCGCAGGAGUGGAGGGAGGUCAGGCAGUGCAGAGCGCAGACUUUGCAUUGUCCCAGUUCAGAUUCCUGCAGAAGCUGCUACUGGUCCAUGGGCGCUGGUCCUACAGGCGCAUUUCCCUCUUCUUGCGCUACUUCUUGUUUAAGACCUGUUGCUUUGCUCUCGUGCACAUAUGGUUUGGUUUCUUCAAUGGCUUCAGUGCUCAGUCUCUGUAUGAGACAUGGUUCAUCGCUUUCUACACUAUGUUCUACACAGCAGCCCCAAUUAUGUGCGUGGCCUUCUUUGAACAGGACGUGAACUCAGACAGCAGCCUGAAAUGGCCGGAGCUGUACAAGUCUGGACAGAGACAGGAGCUCUCCAGCCCUCUCCUGCUGACCUCAUCGCUCCUGUAUGCCGUCUACACGUCCCUUGUUCUCUUCUUCAUCCCUUUUGGAGUCUUUCACAACACAGCGUAUGACCUCCAGACCAUGGCAGUCACUGUCGCCAUGGCGGCCGUGUUCACUGCCACCAUUGAGAUUGUGCUUAUCACCAGAUACUGGACGAAGUUCAACGUGGCAGCGGUGUGUGUAUCUGUGUUGCUCUUCUUCAUCUGUUCCAAGAUCACCCACAGCCCCCGCCUGUUCCAGGCAUCGCCCAAAGACUACUUCUUUCUCGGUGCGUCUGAUAAGGCCUUCAUCGAUCCUCUUGUGUGGCUCACAGCUCUGCUCACUGCCUGGACGGCUGUUCUGCCCUCAGUGACCGCCCUUGCUCUCAAUGUCAUCCUCACCAAGCAUGACAAACACAAGGUCCACAGUGUGUUGUCUCAGCCAGUGGAGUUGAGGUCAAAGCUGAGAAGGGGAACGUCUCUUCGCCGUUCCUCUUAUGCCGUCUCUCAGGGCGCCGGGCCUGGACGCCUCAUCACUUCAGGAACCUGCAUCCGCAGCACAGUGCCGACGGUGGAUGAGAAGGUGACUGCGAGUAAUGACCGCACUGACUGACAAGUGCGAACUCACACCGAGGACAAUAUGACGCACCAACUUGCACAUGAAUAAUGAAAAUGAUAUGUUUUGAUAUGGGAAAAUAUAUUUGAUUAUAUAGAUUGAAACGGCAACAUAGAACUUUUUUAUGUGUUUGUACUUAAAACAUGUUUUUGUAGGCAAUUCGUAGUAAAGCCUGCACUCUUGUAUAGCCAAUACAGUAAACAAUAUAAUAUACAAAAUACAUUAUGUACUAUAAAUCUUGUUUAUUGUCUUUACAUGGACAGUUUACGUCUCUUCUUUGUUAUUGUUGUGGUAAAAAAUCAAAUUUCCAUCUGCUGGGGGGUCACA